CAGCUGACGCAAUGUCUCCACCAACGUUUUCCUGCCCAACAUGCGGCGAGGAGCACCCACUCCACGACACCCUCCCCGGGGGCCACUCAGCGCACAAACCGCACUGUCCCUUCUGCCUCGCGCACACGCUCUACCGCGCCAUCAUCUCCGCUCACCCCGCGCCUAGACCGACGCCUGAACAGGCGGAGAAGACCAAUAUGAUCAAGAUACGCAAGAUCGUGCUCUGCACCCUCGCGCCCGUCGCGGUGUUAGCGGCGCUCGCAUUUCGGUGGCAGAUGCGGUUCUGGCCGGGUAUCGCCGGGGGAAGGGAAGGGCAGGGGGAGGAUCGCGCGCUGUACGUGAUGCUGUGCAUUGUGGGGUUGGCGCCGUGUGGGUGUGUACUGGGGUUCAUCUCGGCUGGGGUGUUCUACGUGUAUUUCUGUGUGCGCAAAACGAGGGCGAGGCCGGGGGUAUCUCGCAUUAUGAGUAUAAUAUUAGCGUAA